AUUUUGUAGAGGUAUAUAAACUAAAUUACAUAUAUCUCUCCCAAUGGCGCCUCCGUCAUUCAAGAAGCGCAAGGUCGAGGAUGGCAUGAACGGCAGAACCUCGAGGCCGAAAAAGAAGUUCAAGAAGCAGCGGGUAUACCACAGCAGCUCAGAGGAUGAAAACGACUCAGACCACAACGAUGAAGUGUUCACCGCAGUCAAUCUGCAAGACUCCGACAGCGAGAAAGAGGAGCAAUUAAGUAAAGAGGUCCAAAAACAAAAACUGCCGGCAGACUCGGAUGACGAAGAGGAAAUUACUGCAGUCACUGCUACGAAAUCUCGCCCAGCAGCAGCCGACGAGGAUGAAGCCUCAGACUCAGGCUCAGACUCAGACUCCCACGGUGCAUCUUCUGCGGCCUCGGCCUCCGGUUCCGACCUAGACUCAGACGAUUCCAUGUCCGGUCCAGACGCCUCAACUAACACCCGCCGCAAGAAGCUUUCCAAACGCAACGACCCCACCGCCUUCUCGACCUCCAUCUCCAAAAUCCUCUCAACAAAACUACCCACCGCAGCCCGCGCAGACCCUUUACUCUCACGAAGCAGAUCUACGGCGGAAACUACGUCCGAGCUCGCCAAUGAGAAGCUCGAGAGCCGCGCGCGUGCGAAGCUACGGGCUGAGAAACGCGAGGAGCUGGAGCGUGGGCGGAUACGAGACGUCCUUGGUGUGGAUAGGGGAGAGGCCGGCGACACUGCAGAGCAGGAGAAGCGGUUGCGGAAGAUUGCGCAGCGGGGUGUGGUUAAGCUGUUCAAUGCCGUGAGAGCGGCACAGGUGCGCGGAGAGGAGCUGGCGAGGGAGGAGAGGAGGAAGAGGGGUAUGGUUGGGAUGGCGGAGCGAGAGAAGGCGGUCAAUGAGGUUAGCAAGCAGGGGUUUUUGGAUUUGAUUAAUGGGAAGGGCGGGAAGAGCUUGAAUAUUGAAGAGGCAUGAGAUAUGGUUGUCUUUUUCUUUUUUCUUUUUUGUUCCGCUGUUGUUUCCCGGCUACGCUUAUGUAUGCAUUUUUCUAUUUUGACUGUGCGGAUAUUAAAAUGGGCGUUCUUUGGAAUAUAUUUUUGUAGAUUUUAAUGCAUUCACUCUGGAGAAAUGUUUUGUUGUGUGCUUGUCUAUUGGGGGAAUAUAUAAUACAAAUGUCGCAAAUGCGACUAUACACACCGGGCGAAGAUCGAUCAAUAUACAAAAAGCAAAGUAAAGAAAUUCCACCAUGACCUACUUGGGUCCUGCUCAGCGGAGAUGGUUUGCCACGGGCGCCAUAAUAGCACUAUUUAAUCAACAAUUGGAAAAGUGAACGUCCCCCCAAGGAUUCAGUAGAAAUACAUACAUAUGUAUGUAUGUAUGAACGCUGUUCCCAGGCGAAAUUCGCAUAAAC